CUGUACGUCAUGACGCACUGCUAGUAGGAUUGGUUUUGUCAUUCUACCCCUCACCACCACCCGUCACACAUUCUUUGGUCUGCCGAAGCUACGGACACACCUUAACCUACAGACAUGUCUGAGUACUCGGAAGAUCAGAUCAAUGAGUUCAAGGAGGCUUUCCUGCUGUUUGACCGGUCAGGAGAAGAGAAGAUCUGCUUCAGCCAGUGUGGGGAUGUCAUGCGGGCCUUGGGACAAAACCCUUCCAACUCUGAGGUUCUUAAGGUUCUGCAGAACCCCAAGGCUGAAGAGAUGAAUCACAAGACGCUUGACUUCGAGCAGUUCCUUCCUAUGCUUCAAGCCAUUUCUAAGAAUAAAGAUCAGGGCACCAUGGAGGACUUUGUGGAGGGACUACGUGUCUUUGACAAAGAGGGCAAUGGCACAGUUAUGGGAGCAGAGCUUCGUCAUGUCCUUACCACGUUAGGUGAGAAAAUGACAGAAGAGGAAGUGGAGACACUGUUGGCAGGACAUGAAGAUGCAAACGGCUGCAUCAAUUAUGAAGCCUUUGUUCGCCACAUCAUGUCAGGCUGAGGGCCGAACUGGUCAGGAUGGUCAUGAACGGGUGAAGACAAAGAGCAUCCCACUCUUUUUUUUUUUUUUUACCCUGCCACAUCCUGUAACAUCUUUUUACAUUUAGCUUUUACAGCUCCCUCUGCCUUUUUCAUGGCUUCCUUUUCCAAAUUUAAUUUAAAAAGUGCCUUUACAUUCCCUAGAACCUGACUGUAGUUGCCAGGUUCACUCAUGUGUGAGCAGCUUGUAUUCAUUUAGGAGUCUUUGUGCUAGCAGUGUGUAAACAUUCCAAGAUGCAACACAUAAGGCAACAUUAAUUGGUAAAAAAAAAAACUGUAGUAAAGGUUGGAUGGGCCAUUAAUAUAUAAAUGUAGAUAUAUAUUUGCAUAAUAGAUAUCAAGCUAUUGUAUCAUUGGUGCAGUCAAAGCAUUCUAUCAUGGGCUAUAAAAGCAUUUCAGAUGGGUUCCCACAUUUUUAAUCCUCCCCCACUUUUGUUGCUGCCUUUGAAUAAAUGUUUUCCUUUAAACCUG